UUCCAGUUAACGACUUUUCGUAUUUCAGAAUUUUGUAUUUCAACCACUCGUAACCUGCACUGAUCAACACAAGGAGAAGCAAGGAGAAAACUAAACCCAACAAUGAUCUGAUAUGCCACCAGCUGAAGAUAAUACAGAGAUUUUUGUAAUUCCAGGUGAAAAGCAUGUCCAUUGAACACAUAUCGUCCAUAUCAUGGCCAUCGCCUGGCAUUCCUGGCAUUUCGUGGUCCAUUUCCAGUGCUGCGAGCUGCUGAGGGAUCUGUUUGCAAUAGCUGGAGCAAAGAAAGAGCACUCACAGUUUUCGAGCAAGCGAUUUAUAUCUUGAUAAGUGAGAAGAGGGCUCUGGAAAAACGGCUAAAGCCCUGCCGAAACGCACUGUAAUUGGCCAAUGAGCAGAGAGAAUAUUUCCUGGUUUGAACUUGGUGGAUUUGGGGGAUUUGGUGUUGGUGGCAGUUAUGGAGCAGAACAGAGAACAGUCGUUUCUAGAGAUCGUCAAGCAGGUGGACACUCUUCCCUACCCAGGCGAGAAGGACUACGAGUUGUUUUUGCAGAAUACCUACGAAUUGAUCACCCAUGAUGGAGAGCAGACAAUAGGCCAUAUUAUCACCUAUAUUGUCCAAUCUCUUAAGAAAUGCAUGGAGUUGACAAACGACGACUGCUUAAUCUUCGACAAUAAACAAAAAAAAUGCUUUAUAAACCCCAGGCUUGAUACCUUUGACAAAAGAAGUGGCGCCUUCAACAAAAUUGCCACGGUUUGUAGAGACGAGAAGAUAAUCAAAGUAUUGGAGCAUGGCUGGCGAAAUGAGUCGUAUGUUAUUUAUUAUCCAACGUCAGUUCCAUAUAUUGCUGUUGAAAGGGCAUUCAGUGUUUUAUUAGGCGUGGUGACUUACGGGGUUCAUUUGGUUUGUUAUAUCCCUCCUCAUUUAUCUUCAACGAAUGAACUAAAAUUCUGGAUUCCAAAGAGGUCAAAGAACAAACCAACGUUUCCAUCAAUGUUGGACAACACAGUUGCCGGUGGAAUAGCCUAUCCAUAUGGUGUAUUCGAGACAUUGGUUAAAGAAAGUGAAGAAGAAGCAAGCUUAAGUUCCAAGUUUGUUGAAGAGAACUCAAAAAGUUGUGGGGUGUUAUCAUAUACAUAUAAGAAAAAUGGUGCCAAUUAUGAUUCCGCGAAUUGCAAUAUCCAGCCUGAAACUGAGUAUAUUUAUGAUAUAGAAAUGAGUGAGGGCGAUAUAAUUAAUAUUCCUAAACCCAAUGAUAACGAAGUUGAAUGGUUUAAAUUAUUGAGUUUAAAUGAAGUAUUAGAAAAAUUAAAACAAGGUGAGUUCAAACCAAAUUGUGCGCUUGUUAUAAUUGAUUUUUUGAUAAGAAAAAGUUAUAUUACACCAGAAAAUGAACCGUAUUAUUUAGAGAUUGUUCAGAGAAGCCAUAGAAAGUUUCCUUAUCCAACAAGAUGAAUAAACGUUUAUAAUUAGCAUUGAAUUUACCUUUAGCUAGGGUUUUUUUUUUUUUUUUUAUUUUUUAUUUAUAUAUUUGCUAUAUUUUGUAUAAAAAUCGCGUAGGUUUGAAAUUCCGUCU